AUGCUUAUGUUGCUUGUUGGCAAGGAAUUGCUUUUGCUAACAUUGAUCCGAUUAGCUCUUAAUACCAAAGAUAUAGAGCCAAUAUCUACAUCAGUAGCCUCCAGCAAUGCACCAACAUCAGCACCAUCAACAGCACCUGUAGGUCGGUCAGGGGAGGAGCAGCAGCAGCAGCCUUAUACAACAACAACACCAGAUACCACGGGGGCUCGAAAGACCUUUCGUUCGGGCAAAAAGGGAGUCUCGACUCGACCGUGUAUACCAAAAUCCUCGUCCGCCUCCCUCAAGUCAGUAUCAAGUCAGAUAUCCCAUCUUAGCUUGGACCGUUCAAAUAGCGACUUGAGCAUAAGCAGCAAUGCAAAUACACAUAAUAACACCAGUGGAUUGCCAACAACCUCCGCACCCUCGGAUGAGGACCGGCUGUCUUCAUCCAUCUCGUCAUUCCCGGCCUUACCACCACUCACAUCUGAGCCACAGUCGUUUCUCUUCCGCAGUAGUACAGCCGAUGAUGUCAGUAUACAGGCUCAGUACCAUGCUCUGCUAGGUCAGGUUCAUCAAUGGCUGCACCAAGAGAAGUCAAAACUUGGCCUACCAUCUACAUCUACAUCUACAUCUACAUCCACAGCAAAGUCACCCCGUCUUAUCCCACGAUCUACAUCUGCACCUCUCAAGGGGGAUCUGUCAGGCGAAAAUGCUACCUCAGGAGAUGCACAAGUGCCCGAGUCAACCCUAGCACUGGAGAAACUGGAGAAAAUCCUCUCGCAGUACUCUACAGAUGGGUUGUCAGGACCUGCUGGAGCACCAUGGAGACGAAGACGAGGCGGUUCAUGGGGCCAAGGGAAAAGAGGCUACGGCUUCAAGGGCCUCCGACGUGGCUCAGCGUCAGAUUCCGACUACACAGAUAAUGAAAUGUCUGUUCCCAGCGCUGAUGUUGUACUUGAUAAUUCUAAGACACUUCUAUAUUCCGGUGGUGAGGCCGACUCGGACACAGUGACACAGCCUGAGGGCAGCAAACCUGCUACCAGCAAGGAUAGAGAGUACUGGUUAUAUUUUAAGUCUGAGAUUGUUCGGUUGACGCAUACUCUUGGAUUCAAGGGAUGGAGAAGAGUCCCUCUCGAUGCAGGGGGAGAAGUUGAAGUUGUUCGUUUGAGCGGCGCACUUACGAAUGCCGUAUAUCAAGUCUCGCCUCCAAAGGAUAUGUCCAAGUAUUCUCAGUCUACUUCUAGCCAGGGCUUGCCUAGAAAGCCUCCUCCAAAACUGCUCCUCCGCAUCUACGGCCCUCAAGUCGAACAUCUUAUCGACAGAGAGCAUGAACUUCAAGUCCUCCGCCGUCUGGGGAAGAGGAACAUAGGUCCACGGGUACUAGGAACAUUCAAGAAUGGCAGAUUCGAGCAGUACUUACAUGCUCGUACGCUAACAACUCGCGACCUACGGAUACCAGAGACAUCUAUCCAGAUUGCCAAACGUAUGAGAGAACUCCAUGAGGGGAUCGACUUACUGCCAGAGGAACGAGAAGGUGGCCCGGGUUUGUGGAAGAACUGGGACAAAUGGGUCAAUCGCUGCGAGAAAGUGACCACCUGGCUUGACAGCGAAAUUCUUGCAGACCACAACGAAGGCAAAUCAGCCAAAGAGCCAUGGAGAAAACGAGGAUUUGUCUGCGGCGUCCCCUGGGAAACUUUCCGGGGUAUGGUUGAUAGAUAUCGCCAGUGGCUUGCUGCUAGCUUUGGUGGAAUAGAGGAGAUUACCCGUCGGUUGAUUUUUGCUCAUAAUGACACGCAAUACGGAAAUCUGCUUCGUCUCGAGCCAAGCGGAGAAUCACCACUAUUGCUUCCCGCCAACGAACAUAAGCAGCUUAUCGUUAUUGAUUUUGAAUAUGCGGCAGCGAAUAUGCGAGGAGCAGAGUUUGCCAAUCACUUCACGGAAUGGUGCUAUAACUACCAUGAUGAGGACCGCCCUUGGAGAUGCAACACAGCUUGGUAUCCAACGCUUGAGGAGCAAAAACGGUUCAUCCGCGCCUAUCUCACUCAUCGGCCCCGUCUUAUCUCUGAGACAAACAGCAGCACCUAUCCCUUAGGCCAGAACUUCUCCACUAGUUCAGUGUCAAGUACCAUGACCACACCAGGCCUGAGACCAACAUACACCAGUAGCCCCCGCGUUGCUCCCUUAAGCCUAGACACAUAUACUCCUUCGGUACCCUUCUCGAUAAGUGAAGACGACCAAAUUGAUGAGGAGCUCGAGGUAGAAGUGCAAAAGCUGCUUCAUGAAGCUCGGGUCUGGCGCAUAGCUAACUCAGCUAUGUGGGUAGCAUGGGGUAUCGUGCAGGCCAAAGUCCCUGGUCUCGAGGCUGCGGUUGCAGGGACAAGUACUCCGGUAGCACAUACUUCUACAUCUGACGCAGCCAGCAGCAAGAACGACAAAGAAACUGCCCUAACUAGCGAUGAGAGUACCGAUGAUGCAUCUACUACGCCUACGCAAGAAACGGUAGAUGUGCAGCAGAUGCUUGCAGCUACUGACCAGGCGUUGCAGGAAGCGGAGGUCGAUGAGGCUGCGGAUGAGUUUGAUUAUCUCGCCUAUGCACAGGACCGAGCAUUGUUCUUCUGGGCUGAUAUCCUGGCCAUUGGGCUGAUUAAGGAGGAGGAACUGCCUAUGGAGAUGCUUGAGCAUAUCAAGAGACGUAUUGUUGAAUAUUGA